CACCCAGGAGUCUCUGCUGGGGAGGGGGCUCAUCCAUCACACGGCUGCAUCCAAACUGGGGGGUUCCGAGGGUUCCCCAAAGCGGGGAGGUGGGGGUCACCGUGUGCCUUCGGAGGGGACAUGGGGACAUUCCAUCCCCUCUGCACCCAGCCCGGGUGUGCAGCUCCUGGGGGCGCUCGGGGAGGGGGUCCCAGAGCAAUCCCCCACCCCCAGCAGCCCCCCGGGAGCCGGGCGAGGGGGCCCAGCCCGGGGCAGGCUUUGCAGCCGGCUUGGCCGUCCCUCCUCCAGCCGGGAUUUGCACACGAAUCCCGGCUCUUCACACGAGCCAAGGCCACCGGCUGCCACCAGCGCCGGCCACACGCCGGGGUCACCCGCGCCGACCCCCGGCCCCGCAGGAGGAUGGCAGCCGGCGACGAGAAGCGGCACCUCCUGAGCGAGGGCACAGGCGGGGGCUACGCGGGGGCUGCGCGGAAGGACGGGCAGAGCGCGGAGCGGGGACAGGAGCCCGCCCUGGAGCUGGGGACACGGCGUGGCCAGCACUGCCACACGCGCGGCGCCGGCGGCCAGCCCGGCCAGCAGCAGCGGGCGCGGAGGAAGCUCUACCUGGCCGCUGGCAUCUGCCUCUUCUUCAUGGUGGGGGAAGCCGUGGGUGGGUACCUGGCACACAGCCUGGCCAUCCUGACGGACGCUGCCCACCUGCUGACGGACUUUGCCAGCAUCAUGAUCAGCCUCUUUGCACUCUGGGUGUCCUCACGGCCCCCCACCAAAACCAUGAACUUCGGGUGGCACCGGGCAGAGAUCCUGGGGGCCCUGCUCUCCGUGCUCUCCAUCUGGGUGGUGACGGGGGUCCUGGUGUACCUGGGGGCGCAGCGCCUGCUCUCGGGUGACUACGACAUCCAGGGCGGGGUCAUGCUCAUCACCUCGGCCUGCGCCGUGGCCGUCAACAUCGUGAUGGGGCUGGCUCUGCACCAGACGGGGCACGGGCACAGCCACGGGGCAGCCGGCGAGGCGCCCAGCGCCAGCGUCCGCGCCGCCUUCGUGCACGUGCUGGGCGACCUGCUGCAGAGCCUGGGCGUGCUCAUCGCCUCCUACGUCAUCUUCUUCAAGCCCCAGUACAAGUUCGUGGAUCCCAUCUGCACCUUCCUGUUCUCCGCGCUGGUGCUGGGGACAACGCUGACCAUCCUCCGCGAUGUCCUGCUCGUCCUCAUGGAGGGGACCCCCAAAGGGAUGGAUUUCAACGCCGUGCGGGAGACGCUGCUGGCGGUGCGGGGCGUGGAGGCCGUGCACAGCCUGCACAUCUGGGCCCUGACCGCCGCGCAGCCGCUGCUGUCCGUGCACAUCGCCAUCAACGCGGCUGCCAGCGCGCAGGAGGUGCUGGAGGAGGCGAGCUCCCGGCUGCAGGGCGCCUUCCGCUUCCACAGCACCACCAUCCAGGUGGAGAGCUUCUCCGAGGAGAUGCGGGAGUGCCGGGAGUGCCAGCCCCCCCGCGACUGACCCCCGCCCCGCCCGGGCCGCUUUUCCUGCGGCAAAUAAAGCAGAGCCCGCGGGGGGGAUGCUGGCUCUGGCUGUUAUCUCCGCUAUCGGCAGGAGCCAAGGACAGACCCAGGGCUGCGGCAGCUCACGGUGCCUGUUGGAGGCCACCUGAUAUUCCGUGUUUCUAUUCAGUGCCGCUGAAACACUCCUUUUCCCUCCUCCGGGGCGCGCUGGGCUGCCCGGGGACUGCGGGACACGCAGCUGGAGCCAGCGAGGGAGGUCACACGCAGCUCUUAUCGCUCCUCUGUUUGCUCUCGGGAAGCUGAAGGACUCUCCCUCCCCGCAGGGCUGGGGGGGCUGCCCGGGCUAUUCCCAGGGUGCCGAUGGCAGAAGAGUUGGAGCAGCCAAAAGCUGGGGCUCCCGGGGCUCCCGGGGCUCCCCCACACCCCACAGCCACCAUCCG